UUAUUCUAUAAAUGUUUGAUAAUCAUAACAAUUUGCGGAGGUUUCUAUUUAUUGAAAUUUGAGCACUAGUUAUGUCAUGACUCAAGUUGUAAAGUUUAGACUUUUAAAAAGCACAAAAAGUGAAGUUACAACACAAGUUGUAAAAUACAGACUUUUAAGAAGCACAAGCAAGAUGGGGCAAACCCUGUCAGAGCCUGUGACUGCCAAAGAGACAUCAAGCUGUGGGAACACUCAGUAUAAAGUUGGCUCAUCAUGUAUGCAGGGAUGGAGAAUCAAUAUGGAAGAUGCUCAUGUUCAUCUGUUGAGUCUGCAGCAGGAUAAAGACGCUUCAUUCUUUGGUGUAUUUGAUGGACACGGAGGGCCCAAAGUCGCACAAUAUGCAGGAACUCAUCUUCAUAAGAAAAUAGCCAACCAUUCUCUAUAUACUCAAAACUUACCUGAGGCUUUAAGGUUAGGUUUCUUAGAGUUAGAUGAGGAUAUGUUGAAAGAUGCUGAGAUGAAGGAUGAACUUGCAGGGACUACGGCUUGCGUAGCUUUAAUCAAAAAUAAUAAAAUAUAUUGUGCCAACUGUGGGGAUUCCAGGGCUAUUGCCAGUGUUAAAGGCCAAAUAGAACAGCUGUCAUUUGACCAUAAACCAAGUAAUGAAUUAGAAACCAAACGUAUCAUUGCAGCGGGGGGAUGGGUAGAGUUCAACAGAGUGAAUGGUAAUCUAGCACUAUCCAGGGCUUUAGGAGAUUUUGUAUUCAAAAAGAAUGAUAAGAAGAAGGCUGAGGAGCAGAUAGUAACUGCAAACCCAGAUAUUGUCGAGAAUGAAAUCACAGCUGACCACGAGUUCCUUGUGUUAGCGUGUGACGGCAUUUGGGAUGUUUUGACCAAUGAGGAGGUCACUGACUUUGUACGAAACAGAAUAGCACAAAGAAUGGAGCCAGAAGUGAUCUGCGAGGAGCUAAUGACCCGAUGUUUAGCGCCAGACUGUCAGAUGGGAGGUCUUGGAUGUGACAAUAUGACUGUAGUAUUAGUAUGCUUCCUCCAUGGCGGAACUUAUGAGCAACUAGCCGAACGAUGUUCCAGGCCUUGUGUUAGAAGUAACAAUAUAAGGAAUAAUAUAAACGAUCCCGAUCUUAAGUGAUGUUAUUGGUGAAAAUGGAUAAAUGUGGAUACAUCUAUGAUCGUCAAAUUAGUCGUGACCAGUCCGGUGCAUUAUGGAUCUUAUAUUGGCUAAGGGGAUGAAUUGUGGGAAUGUACGCAGUUUUAAAGUGUAUUACUGAUGCAUUAUGGGUAGCCUGGGGGCUGGAUUUCCAUGGCAACUCGAAAUAUAAUAAAUGCUUCAAUAACAACCAUCCAUACAACAAUGGAGUUACCGAGGAGUCGUUAAAUGCAUUUUUCGAUGUCACAAAGAAAUGACAUCAAGAUGCCAUCGGUAAUUGAUGUCACAAUCAAAUGAUAUCAAGAUGCCAUUGAAAAUUGAAGUACAUAUAAAAAUGUUAUUGUCAUUCAUUCAUAUAAUAUUAGGAUUAUUUUCUGUUAAUGUGUAUUAGCAAAACGAAAAGCAAUUCCAUGAGGAUACACACAAGCUGUGUGUGGAUGCAAGUCAAAUUUUGAACUUGAAGAGUAGUCUCGAAACGGAGAUUAAAAUUAGAAAAAUUUGAUGUUAAUGAACAUGUUAUAUUAGGGAAUAGCCCAUGGGAUAGCCAUGCCUUAACAACAAACUGUUUCCAUGGCAACCAGUGGAAAGAGCAACCCAAGCUUAUUAGACAAAAAGAGGAUCAGUUUUCAGUUAGGAAUAAAGUAAAUUGACAUCAAGACGGGUAAAUAGCCUACUAAAAUAUGGGAAGACUUGGUGUCUCAUACAGGUUUAAAGAAGACGCUUUAAAUGAUGGAUAAUAGGACAUCUGAAAAUUCUAAAAUAUGGGAAGACUUGGUGUCUCAUACAGGUUUAAAGAAGACGCUUUAAAUGAUGGAAAAAAGGACAUCUGAAAAUUCUAAAAUAUGGGAAGACUUGGUGUCUCAUACAGGUUUAAAGAAGACGCUUUAAAUGAUGGAAAAUAGGACAUCUGAAAAUUCUAAAAUAUGGGAAGACUUGGUGUCUCAUACAGGUUUAAAGAAGACGCUUUAAAUGAUGGA